GCUUUUAAGAGCAAAAUGUCUCGAAAAAUAAAAAAGAUCACUGAAGAGUUGAGGGCUAUCAAUCAGUCAGCCAACAAUCUCGGUCUCCAAUCACUGAUGGUUCCUUCUCGGAGAAUACCACUAAUCCGAGAAACGGAUUCCACAGUAGUUGCUUCGGAUGUUGUUGGUAGAGACAAUGAUGUUGCUGAAAUAAAGGAGAAGAUUUUGAACAUGAGAAAGGAUGCUGUUCUGUGCACCAUUCCCAUAGUGGGUAUGGGGGGUUUAGGGAAAACUACUCUGGCUAAGAGAAUUUUCAAUGACCAACACAUCAAGCAGCAGUUCGAAAAGAGAGUUUGGUUGUGCCUACCUGAAAUGGUAGAAACUAAAAGCUUUCUUGAACUGAUCCUCGAAUCAUUGACAAAGAGGAAAGUUGAGGUCCAAAGCAGAGAUAUAAUAGUCAAGACGCUACAAGAUGCAUUGGGAGAAAAAAAGUAUUUGCUUGUCCUGGAUGAUUUGUGGCGUGUUGACUCUACAUCGUGGCAUGAGUUCAUGGACACCUUGAGAGGAAUCAAUACAUCCAGAGGAAACUGCAUUCUCGUGACUACUCGUAUGAAGCAGGUGGCAUCCAUAGUUGCCGCAGAUCUUCAUAUGUUGGGAAAUCUAACAGAUGAUCAUUGUUUGUCCAUUUUCAAACAAAGAGCAUUUGUUGAUGGGGAAGUUCCGCAGGAAAUACUGAGCAUGGAGAAAAAGAUAGUUGAACUGUGUCAAGGUCUACCGUUGGCUGCAAGUGUUUUGGGAUGCCUCUUCUGCAGAAAGGAAAAACAUGAAUGGCAGGCAAUUCUUGUUGCAGGUGAAGAUGAUAAUGGGGAAAAUAGCUUAAAGAAAAUCCUAAAACUCAGCUAUGAUUAUCUACCAUCUCCACAUCUGAAAAAGUGUUUUGCUUACUUUGCCAUGUUUCCAAAAGAUUAUAAGUUUGAAAAGGACCAACUAAUCCAACUCUGGAUGGCAGAAGAGUUUCUUCGUCCAAGUCAAGAGAUCCCUGUGAUGGAAGACGUAGGGAACAAGUUUUUUCAACUCUUGUUGCAAUAUUCCUUGCUGCAAGAUGUUGAGCUAGAUGAGCACAACAAUAUUACACACUGUAAGAUGCAUGAUCUUGUGCAUGAUUUGGCUGGAGAUACAUUACAAACUAAACUACUUGAUACGAAAAGUGUUGGAGGUGAAAUUUUUUCUCAAGUUCGAUACUUUGGAUGGGACUCACAAAGUGAUCAAAUGGAUGCGAUAAAUGAGGCAGGACGUUUGUGCACAUUGUUCUGGAAAAGCAAUAUAUCUGAUGAUAUGCUAUUGAGCUUUCAGUUCUUGAGAGUUUUAAAUUUGUCCGGAUCAGGCAUUGAGGAGUUGUCAGCCAAAAUCAGCAAGCUAAUAUACUUGAGAUAUCUUGAUCUCUCCAACACUGAGAUCGAAGACCUUCCCAACUCCAUUUGCAAGCUCUACAAUUUGCAAACAUUUAGAGUCAGUGGCUGUUCUUCACUCAGGAAGCUUCCAGAAGAAAUGGCAAAUAUGAUAAGUUUGAGACACAUAUAUUUCGAAUCAGCAAUUCAUGGUCAGUUUCAGAUGCCACUUAAUAUGGGGCAAUUGACCAGUCUUCAGACGCUACAGUUUUUUUACAUAGGUUUAGAGAAAGGUCGUCGAAUUGAAGAAUUAGGUCGUUUGGAAAACCUUAGAGGUACAUUGACGAUCGACAGUCUCCAAUUAGUCAGAAAUAAAGAAGAGGCUCGAACAGCAUGUUUACAGGAGAAACCCAAUAUCUACAAGCUGGCAUAUUUAUGGUCCCAUGAUGAAUCAGAAGGCCAUGAGAUCAAUGAUGAGCAUGUGUUGGAUGGUCUUCAACCGCAUUCUAACUUGAAAGCCUUAUCAGUAGCAGACUAUUUAGGGACUAAAUUUCCUUCAUGGUUCAGUGAAGAGUUGCUACCAAAUUUGGUCAAGUUGAACCUAAGUGGUUGCACAAGGUGCAAGGAAAUUCCAUCCCUUGGCCAACUGAAAUUCCUUCGGCAUCUUGAGCUGGUAGGAUUCGAUGAGUUGGAAUGCAUUGGACCUGCUUUAUAUGGUGUUGAGAUUAGCAAUAUUGGAUCAAGCAACAUUAUCCAAGUGUUCCCGUCAUUGAAAGAACUAGUAUUGAAGGCUAUGCGUAGUCUUAUUGAGUGGAAGGGAGAUGAAGUUGGAGUUAGAAUGUUUCCUAGGCUUGAGAAGUUGACGAUUUCAAGGUGUCGGCUGUUAAAAAGUACUCCAAGUCAAUUUGAAAUCCUGCGUGAAUUAUCAAUUGAUAGUGUUAACAGUGAAAAGCCAUUGUUGAACUUGUGCAGCAACUUGACAUCUCUCGUAGAGCUUAGUGUCUAUUUUGUGGAGGAGCUCACUUGUCUUCCCGAUGAGAUGCUCCACAACAACGUUUCUCUUCAAUACUUAUUGGUCUCAGGCUGCAGAGAGUUUCGUGAAUUGCCACAAAGCUUGUACAAUCUCCAUUCUUUAAAGAGCUUAAGGAUUGACAACUGCCCCAAUUUCAGUUCUUUUCCUGUUCCCAGUGGAGAGAAUUAUUUGACUUCCCUCCAAAGUCUUCAGUUAUGGAAUUGUGAUGAAUUGACCAGUUUACCAAGUGGAAUGCUAGAGCAUUGUCUGUCUCUAGAAUCUUUGAUGGUCAAGCACUGUAACAACUUAGUUUCCUUGCCUUUACAUGUGUGGGAAAUGCCUUCACUUUCAUAUUUGGGUUUAUUAGAAUGUACCAAAUUGAUUAGUGUAGCCGCAGGAGGACUUCACCGUCUCACCGGGUUACGGAAAUUGCAUAUUGGUCCUUUCUCAGAGAUGGUGGAUUUUGAGGCAUUCCAAUUGAUUUUUAAUGGCAUUCGGCAGCUGUUGUCCCUUCGUACAUUGGGGGUGUCGGGACACUUGCACUGGGAUUCUCUGCCCUAUCAGCUGAUGCAACUCUUUGCCCUAAUAGAGAUCCAUAUAUCUGAUUUCGGAAUCGAGGCUCUUCCUCAUAGAUUUGACAACCUUACUUCUCUUGAAACAUUAACGCUAAAGAGGUGCAAACGGCUGCGAUAUGUGGACUUCUCAGAUGCCAUGCCCAAAUUACAAUAUAUGAGGAUACAAGAUUGUCCAUUGUUAGAAGCUUUGUCGGAUGGGCUCGACAACCUUGUUUCUUUGGAAACGUUAAGUUUAUCUAACUGCAAAAAACUAGAGCAUCUUCCAUCCAGAGAUGUCAUGCGACGCCUCACCAAAUUAUUGAACCUGCAAAUUUAUGCCUGCCCAAAGUUAGAAGAAAGUUGUAGCAAUCUGAGUGGCCCAAACUCCCAGUGGUCCAACAUUUCCCAUAUUCCAAAUAUUGAAUUAGGCAGGAGGAUAAUUCAGGAUAGACGUUUCUAGUUCCAAGGUCAUACUAGAACGUCAAUGUGGUAAAUCAAGCCAAAUCCCAUGAGCGGCAGGCAACUACGUUAGGUUACUAGGUACAAGGUCAUGGUAAAUCAUCUUUGUGGUAUAUCAAGACAAAAUCCAUGGGCAGAAUCAUGUAAAGUAUUUUGGAACCACCACUUUUAUUUUGUAUAUAUGAAGAACAAAAUCUUCAGCUCUAGACUCAUUAUGGAACACUUUUAUGAGUAUUUGGAUACUGAACAACCUUUUCGGGCAACUGAAGUCUACAUAUGAAGCAUAAAAAAAUUCAAAGUGUAUAGAGUGCUCAAUGAGAAGCUACACAGGUCUAUCCUCUGUCUUUGCAUGGCCGUGUGUGCAUCCUAAUUGCAUCAAUCAACUAUCCAUGAAAUCGUGUACCUGUUUGAAUUCCAUAUAAUCCAGUGUUUUGCAUUGAUGAUAGGGGUGACAAAUUUAAUCCUUGAGAAGGACACAAAUGAUUUGACCAGUUUGAGGCGUAUCCAUCCAUUAGGCUGAAGGUUUCUCUACUUUGCUUAUUGAACCAAGAUUUCCAUGUAAGGAGGUUGCUGUUGUACAAAGACAAAUUGCAUGAGCCACCUCACUCUUGUACUAGCCAAGUUUUAAACUUGGGUUGAAGUAUGCUCAAGAACUAUUGUAGCAGUAUCCGCUGCGAAGGACCUAGGACUUGAAUGGAUUGACCAGUUGGAGGGACAUCUGUCCAUUAGGUUGAAGGAUUCUCUAUUC